CAAGACUGCAGGAGUGGAACCUGGAGCUUACUAUUGCAGAGAGAGAGAGAGAGAGAGAGAGAGAGAGAGAGAGAGAGAGACAGAGAGAGACAGAGAAAUGAGGAAAGACCAGAAGUGUCUGUGUCUGAGGUGAAAUGUCAGACAGAUUCAGGGCAGAAAGACAAAGUUUUUUUUGUGCGUUCCUUCCUGCUGGUCAGUAUAUGGCAGUACUUUUUUUUCGCGUCUUGGCAACAGUGCUACUUUGGACAGGCUUCUUGUUUGUACUUGGUGUGGGAAGAGAGAUCUGCUGGAGCGGUCUGUUGAGGAUAUUUUGCUCAUUUGGACAGCCACGUGUCGUAGAUGGAAAGCUGUCGGCAGCCGUACUCGGGGGCAGAUAUGACUACCCUGCCAGGCUACACUGGCGCCAGGAUAUCUGGUUGCUGGGCACUGCGCUCUGAUGGAGGUGGCAGUGGCGAGGACUCUCUGGACCGGCUCCUGCCCACUGUAAGCAGCGCCCCCCGCAGAAAAAGCACAUCUCUGAGUAAGUCGGAGCCACCACUCCUCCGCACUGGCACACGCACCAUCUACACCGCCGGACGGCCCCCAUGGUACAACGAGCACGGAGCCCAGUCCAAAGAUGCCUUCGUCAUCGGGCUGUGUGGCGGCAGUGCUUCAGGGAAGACCACAGUGGCCAACAAGAUCAUAGAAGCUCUGGAUGUACCCUGGGUAGUACUGCUGUCUAUGGACUCCUUUUACAAGGUGCUGACAGCAGAGGAGCAGGUGCUGGCGGCCAGUAAUGACUAUAACUUCGACCACCCCGGGGCAUUUGACUUUGAGCUGCUGGUGGCCACGCUGAGGAAACUCAAGCAGGGAAAGAGCGUGAAGAUCCCUGUGUAUGACUUUACCACCCACAGCCGCCACAAAGACUGGAAAAACCUCUAUGGUGCCAGUGUCAUCAUCUUUGAGGGAAUCAUGUCCUUUGCUGAUAAGGAGCUUUUGCAGCUCCUGGACAUGAAGAUCUUUGUGGACACAGACUCGGACAUCCGUCUGGUACGGAGGCUCAGGAGAGACAUCACGGAGCGUGGACGGGACAUUGAAGGUGUCCUCAAGCAGUACAAUAAGUUUGUAAAGCCAGCCUUUGAACAGUAUAUUGAGCCCACCAUGAGAUUGGCAGACAUUGUUGUGCCACGCGGUGGGGGAAACAUGGUGGCCAUAGACCUGAUAGUCCAGCAUGUUCAAAGUCAACUGGAGGAGCGUGAACUCAGUGUCAGAGCUGUCCUGGCCUCCGCCCCCCAGACGCAGCCUUUGCCCCAGACACUCAGCGUACUGGAGAGCACCCCACAGGUCCGAGGCCUGCACACCAUCAUCAGAAAUAAGGAGACCAGUCGAGAUGAGUUUAUCUUCUACUCCAAAAGACUGAUGCGCCUUCUAAUAGAGCAUGCUUUGACCUUCUUGCCAUCUAAGCCUUCCACUGUGCAGACGCCGCAGGGCCAGGAGUAUGAGGGGAGGAGCUUCAGCGGGAAAGGGAUAACAGGCGUGUCCAUUCUGCGGGCAGGGGAAACCAUGGAGCCUGCUCUGAGGGCAGUCUGUAAAGAUGUCCGCAUCGGCAAGAUCCUCAUCCAGACCAACCUGGACUCAGGGGAACCAGAGGUAACUAACCAGGGGAAACAUCCUGCACAUACAGCCAGAUGGACGUAUCAGUUUGGAAGGACACAGCUGCACUACCUGCGCCUGCCCAAAGACAUCAGUGAGGAUCACGUGAUCUUGAUGGACAGCACGGUGUCCACCGGAGCGGCUGCCAUGAUGGCUGUGCGCGUGUUGCUGGACCAUGAUGUGCAGGAGGAGAACAUUCUCUUGGUGUCUCUACUGAUGGCGGAGCUGGGAGUGCAUUCAGUGGCCUACGCUUUCCCCCGUGUCAGAAUCAUCACCACCGCUGUCGACGAAAGCGUAGACGACCUUCUCCACGUCAUCCCAGGAAUAGGGGACUUUGGGGACCGCUACUUUGGGACGGACGGCACGGCGAACUGGAGCGACGAUGACGACGAAGAUACGCCCAGCCACUGAGAACCGGGCGGUGUGCUGGUUGCUGGUGGGGGAGUGGGUAGGUGGGGGGGGCAUUGAUAUUCUGCACAGAGCAGCCCCAGGGAAAGGCUGCGCUUCUCCUCCGACUGCCAGGGCUACCUGUCUGACAGCUUCUCCACACACACACACACACACACACACACACACACACAGUCCAGAAGAGCACCGUCUUGCAAAUUGUCUUGCAAAUGAGACCGCACAUCCACAAAUAUAUUUCUUUUUCUAAUGAAUGUGUGUAACUGUGAUGGAUGUUUUGAUAACCUCAUUUCGCUUCUCCGAAAGUGUGCAGGUUGUCUUGUAGAUAUCUUUAUCUCUGUAAGUGAGGGUGUGAUUAUGAGGUGUUUUGUACUCAGAGGAAAUGGACCUGUUAAUUUGGUGAUCCCAGAUUUGUCCCGGUGGGUUUGUGAGAUUACAGAAAAGCACACAAGUCAUUGUUUAAUAAUAACUUGUACUCAAUAAAACCAUUACUACUCUUCA